AUGUCAGCCUCAAGGGGUAAAGAAGCUCCUUCAGUGCAGGAUGAUACUCGGAGCAGAUCAACUGUUGUUGACCCGGAUGUGGAGGCCGAUCUGAAGCAGCUUGCUCCUUCAUAUAACGAAGAUGCUUUUGGGAAUGAAGAGUUCGCAGAAGUCAAGUACAAAGUGUUGAAGUGGUGGCAAUGUGGUCUACUCAUGGUGGCUGAAACAGUGUCAUUGGGUGUCCUAUCACUCCCUGCUGCUGUCGCAAGCAUGGGUCUGGUUCCGGCCAUCAUUGUCCUCCUCGGCCUCGGAGUCAUUACCACCUAUACCGGGUAUAUCAUGGGACAAAUGAAGCUGCGGUUUCCUCAAAUCACCACUAUGGCAGAUGCCGGAGAAGUGAUCGGAGGAAAAUUCGGCCGCGAGUUCGUUGGCGCGGCAUGGAUAAUCUUCUUCAUUUUCAUCAUGUCGAGCCAUCUUUUGACUUUCACCGUCGCGAUGAAUACGAUCACCAGCCAUGGAACUUGCUCUAUCGUGUUCGGUAUCGUCGGCAUGGCCGUGUCCUUCGUGUGCUCUUUGCCUCGUACCCUGGAGAAGAUAUCUUGGCUUUCCAUCGUGUCGUUCAUCAGCAUUCUGGCAGCUGUCUUGAUCACCAUGAUUGCUCUGGGCAUCGAGAGCCCCGGCAGUGGAGUGGUGGCUGUUGCGCACACCAACUUGUAUCACGGCUUCUCUGCUGUAACAAACAUCGUUUUUGCGUUCUGCAGUCACGGGGCUUUCUUCGGCCUUAUGGCCGAACUGCGCAAUCCCCGCGAUUUCACUAAGUCCCUUUGCCUGCUGCAGGGUCUCGACGUUUCCCUUUAUCUGAUCGCAGCAGUCGUGAUCUACCGCUACGCUGGUGAUGGAGUUGUCUCGCCCGCUUUAGGAUCGGCGUCGCCGGUUGUUGCAAAGGUUGCGUACGGAAUUGCCUUGCCAACGAUUAUUAUUGCCGGUGUCAUCAACGGACAUGUCGCGUUUAAAUACGUUUAUGUUCGUAUUUACCGGGGUACAGACCGCAUGCACAAGCGCGAUUGGGUUGCGGUCGGGUCCUGGGUUGGCAUCGCCUUGGGCCUCUGGGUUCUCGCCUGGGUUAUCUCGUCCGCUAUCCCAGUGUUCAGUAAUCUUCUCAGCUUAAUUACUGCCCUCUUUGCUAGUUGGUUUUCCUUUGGCCUUCCAGCUAUCUUCUGGCUCUUCAUGAACAAGGGCGUUUAUUUUUUCUUCCUACAGGAAGUCGGCCUUGACCAUCACAAACCUCAUAAUUCUGGGAAUUGCUUGUGUUCUGUGUGGUAUGGGACUCUGGGUCUCCGGUCAAGCCAUUCACGACAACCCAAGCAGCGACAGCUUCUCGUGCGCAAAUAA